GUGGAGCACAGUCAUCUGAGGUUCCUCGGAAAUGUGACCUUGACCUUGUGGGACUACGGAGGACAGGACGUCUUCAUGGAGAACUACUUCGAGAGCCAGAAGGACCACAUUUCCCGCAAUGUGCGUGUGAUGAUAUAUGUUGCUGCUCUCGCUGGUAACGACCAAAGAGAUGCUGAAGAAGGACUCACCUACUUCAAGAACUAUAUGAAGUCUUUGCGGUCUCUAUCCAAGGAAGCUCAUGUUUACGUCCUCUUCUACAAGUUCGACCUCGUGCCGGAGAACGACCGAGAGGCUCGCUGCGAACAGCAUUACUCUGAGCUGCUCCUGCCAUAUUUCGCUGGUAUAAUCACCCAGAUCUUCUAG